AUGAUAUUUCGCUUGACAUUUUUUUUCGCUCUGACUGUCUGCGAGGAUGUUGUAGUUCACACUAAAUUUGGGUUUUUGCGGGGAGAGCGAUUCCAAACACGACAAGGCGCACAUGUAGACAGUUUUCUUGGAGUACCAUUCGCGAAGUCGCCUAAAAGAUUACAGAGAGCCGAGAUAGUCGACCCAUGGCCAAACAUCAAGCGGGUUCAAAAUUAUUCCGCAAAAUGCAUUCCCAGCAUCCGACCAGCUGCUGAUGAUGGAUUCAGUGAGGACUGCCUAUACCUCAACAUUUUCGCUCCAGCUAAUCGAGAUGCCACCUCUACCUUUCCUGUUGUGAUUUUUGUGCAUGGUGGAGAAUUCGCAGAAGGAAAAAAAUUAUAUACGCAAAAAUUUUACAAUACACUUUUAGGUGAUUCAAAUGAUGCAAAUAAUACCGAAUUUGCGGAAAAGUUUGUACCUGAAGGGAUAAUAUUAGUUACCAUACAAUAUCGAUUAGGAGCUCUAGGAUUCCUGACACUUGGCGCAAACUCUUCAGUUUUAACCUGUAAUCUAGGGCUCUGGGAUCAAGUACUCGCAUUCCAAUUCAUCAGCGAAACGAUUUCGUCAUUUGGCGGUGACUCUCAGAAAAUGACCUUAAUGGGUCAUAGCGCCGGCGCUAUGAGCACCAGUUUUCAUUCGAUAUCUCCUAUAUCUUCCAAGUUCUUUGACAAUUAUAUUCAGUUAAGCGGAUCAGCAUGGAGUUUCAGUCGAUAUGCGAAUAAUAACAAAAUUUAUUCGCAAAGAAUUUUGAAAGAUCUAAAUUGUGAAUAUAAUAGCGCAUUGGAACUCGAGGAAUGUUUUAAUGGAAAAUCAUUGGACGAACUUUACUCGGCUCAGGUUGGCACUGCAUUGUUUCCAGAACUUGGAGACGAUUUACUUCCUGAAGUCAAUCUAAAAGAAUUUUCGAAAAAAAAUCUUUUGACUGGUCUUCAAACUCUAGAAGCUUUAUUUUUCACCUAUCUAAAAACAACUCCAAAAAUUUUUCCGUACGUCGAUCGCUCAACCGUCGAAGAUUAUCUCAACACAACAGUUGCUCUCCGCUUUGGAGCUGAAGCUGGACAAGCGCUGAACUUGCUUUCCGAUUAUUUCAUUCCUAGCAACAUAUCAAAUGACGAUUAUGCGGUUUUUAUGAGACAAAAAACUAAAAUUGAGUCAAAUAUCGUAUUCGACAUUCCGGUUCUUCGCGAGAUUCGCGACAAACUUCCUUUUGCAAAUUCCAUUUUUGUCUAUCAUUUCGAAUAUUUCAAUGAUGCUGAAUUCGAUCCAAAUUUCCCUGUAAAAGCGACGUAUCAUUGCCAAGAAUUUCCCUAUGUGUGGAAUGUUUACAAAGACAAUUUUUUCAAAUUCAAUGAAAAUGACAAACUCGUCGAGAAAUUCUUCGUUUCUGCUUUGAUUAAUUUCAUAAAAACCGGAAACCCAUCAAAUGAAAACUUCACAUGGCCGAAAACAGAUGAUACACUUCUUCACGUUCGAGUUCUUCCUGAACCUGUUCUCGAUCACGGUCUAUUCGGGUCCGACUGUCAAUUUUGGGAUAAUCUACGCUCAACUCUCGGCUACGAUUUCAUCACUAAUCUAAAAUACGUUGAAUCGGCUUCCAACACUCUGCCACAGUCACUAAUGUUAUUCAUCUUCGCUUUAUGUAUAUAUCAUAAUUUAUAA